GUUGAACUGGAUUUCAUAACGGGGCGGGACCAAAUCACUCCGAAACAGAAGACUGGAGAAAACAAGAAUAAGAAGAUUCCUAAACAUUCAAAGUAUUUCGUAACAAUUAACCUUAUUAGUGGAUCAGCAAAAUGGAAGUUAUGACACUGUCGUCGGCAGACGAACCCCAGAUCGAAUCUGGAGAAGAUCGGAAUCCCGGAGAGGUACUGCACAUUCGCUUUCAGAAAAACCCCAAUCAAAAACUCAAAUACUUGGAGGCUGAACCCAAAAUACUAGGGGUAACACAAAUUGCGUUCGCUGUUUUUUUCACAUUUAUGGUUGUGAUAUUCUAUAUGAUUGGCAUGGACCAAUAUACAGAUGUGGUCAUGGUCGUGGGUGGCAUUUCCUCGGUGAUCAGCAUUAUUGCAGGAAGUCUGGCAAUAGCUGCACAGAAUCUUCACCUCCCAACUCUAAAGGCUUGUUUAGGAAUGCAAGUGGUGGCCUGUAUGGCCUCUGUGAUAACCAUAUUCACGCACAUGAGAAUUUUCCCUACUGUAUAUCAGUGUUGGGCACAUGAAGUAGAAUCCUCCCAAAAGACAACAUGCAAAAAUUUAAACACUGGCUAUGAAAAUUACCUGGGAAUACAAAAGCUUGUGAUGGCAGUCCACAUUGCCCUUUCUGCCACUUUAGCUGCAUUCUGCUGCAAGGUCAUUCAGUGCUGCUCUCCAGAGUCUAAUGUGCCAGUAAUCACGGUCAACGGGCCUCCAAAUCCUCAGUGAGGAAAGAUUUAGUGAUGAGCAGUUCAGAGCCAGGAGCACUAUAAAAAGAUAUAUAUCCACGUACAUCUAUAUAACAGC